GUCACGGACUGUGAAGAAGGGGUGGAGUGCGUCGCUUUCCGCGCGGAGGAUGGUCCUAGGCGUGCGCACACUUUUUCACGCACAUGCACGGCACCUGACGCGCAGAGACUGUCCUCGCGCUGCUGCGACGAGUUGCUGCUCCUCGUCCUUCGCCGCCUGCCCACAGUUGUAAUCGUGGCCACGACUUUGUGCCCUUUUGCAAGUUCGGUCGUAUCGGUUUUCGGAGAGGCCCGAGUGAGUCCUCGGUGGCGCGAUCGCGACCGCAGGCUCUGUCUGAUCUGUGAUCUUGGUAACCCGCACGCGGCCAGGCUGUGCGAGCCGCGGGCGCUCAUGGAAGGAGACGUUAUGGACAAACUGGAUGACAUGGCUUCAGUCUAUGAGUUCGACCCUUUUACGGGCAACAUUCCCGCUACCAAAGUGGAAAUCACUGUUUCCUGCCGGAAUCUUCUAGAUAAAGACACAUUCUCCAAAUCAGACCCAAUGUGUGUCCUGUACACACAAGGAGUGGAGACCAAGCAGUGGAGAGAGUUUGGAAGAACGGAGGUGAUUGACAACACACUAAAUCCAGACUUUGUCAGGAAGUUCAUCCUCGACUACUUCUUCGAGGAGAAACAGAACCUUCGUUUUGACUUAUACGAUGUUGAUUCUAAAAGUCCAGACCUCUCAAAACAUCCCUCAGAAUUCAACGACUUCCUCGGGCAAAUGUUUUGCACCCUGGGCGAGAUUGUGGGGUCGCCGGCGAGUCGACUGGAGAAGCCUCUUGGAGGGAUCCCGGGGAAGAAGUGUGGCACUAUCAUCUUGACAGCAGAGGAGCUGGGAAACUGUAGGGACAGUGCGACUAUGCAGUUUUGUGCCAAUAAGCUGGACAAAAAGGACUUUUUUGGGAAGUCGGACCCCUUCAUGGUGUUCUACCGAAGUAACGAGGAUGGAACGUUCACCAUCUGCCAUAAGACAGAGGUGGUGAAGAACACCCUCAAUCCAGUAUGGCAAGCUUUCCCUAUUCCUGUCAGAGCGCUCUGCAACGGGGAUUACGAUCGAACUAUUAAAGUGGAAGUGUAUGACUGGGAUCGAGAUGGAAGCCAUGAUUUCAUCGGUGAAUUCACCACCAGCUACCGCGAGCUAGCCCGAGGUCAGAGCCAGUUCAACGUGUAUGAGGUGGUGAAUCUGAAGAAGAAGAUGAAGAAGAAGAAAUACGUCAAUUCUGGCACGGUGACUCUGCUAUCUUUCUCUGUGGAGUCAGAGUUCACGUUCCUCGAUUACAUCAAAGGAGGGACUCAGAUCAAUUUCACAGUGGCCAUUGAUUUCACCGCCUCUAACGGUAAUCCGUCCCAAUCCACAUCCCUUCACUACAUGAACCCGUACCAGAUGAAUGCCUAUGCCAUGGCUUUGAAAGCUGUGGGUGAGAUCAUCCAGGACUACGACAGCGAUAAGAUGUUCCCCGCACUGGGCUUCGGGGCCAAGCUGCCGCCCGAUGGACGGGUGUCCCAUGAAUUCCCCCUGAAUGGCAACAUUGAAAACCCGUACUGCAACGGUAUUGAGGGGAUCUUGGAGGCUUACCACCAGAGCUUGAAGAAAGUCCAGCUUUACGGGCCCACAAACUUUGCUCCUGUUGUCAACCAUGUGGCCAGGUAUGCGGCGGCUGUCCAGGAUGGCUCCCAGUACUUCGUCCUCCUCAUCAUCACAGACGGUGUCAUAUCAGACAUGUCCCAGACCAAAGAGGCCAUUGUAAAUGCUGCCAAGCUGCCCAUGUCUAUCAUCAUUGUCGGGGUUGGCCAGGCCGAGUUUGACGCCAUGGUGGAGCUGGACGGUGAUGACAUAAGGAUUUCUUCACGAGGGAAACUAGCAGAACGGGAUAUUGUCCAGUUUGUGCCAUUUCGCGACUAUAUGGACCGGACGGGGAACCACGUGCUGAGUAUGGCACGACUGGCCAAGGACGUCCUGGCCGAAAUUCCUGACCAGUUCAUCUCCUAUAUGAAGAGCCGGGGCAUUAAACCCAACCCAUCACCCCCUCCCUACACACCCCCAGGACACACGCAGCACACUCAGAUCUGAGGCCGUCCUCCUCUGAGGACUUGCUGGAGAUGACAUCAGCCUCUCUGGAAUGACAGGAGAGGCGUGAUGGUAUAGCCGGGCUUUGGCCUCCUGCGUUGCUGUAUGUUCGGACACCCCGGAACACUCAGAGGUGCUGAUGAUUUCUGUUUGUUUUUUACGUUUUGUGCCCUGUUUUUUUUUUUCUGGGAGGACAGCAUGAUCCAAGGAUAAGACUCAAGUUUUUUCUGUCAAAAGAGAAUGAAAAAAAAAAAAAACCCUGGCCUGUGACUGUUUAUAUUUUGGAGGUGCGAUGAAGAGUAGGAGGAAGAUUAUGUUUGUGAUUUCAGCUUGUGCCUGUAAGUGGUCUUCUCAGUGUACCAGGAUGAGUGUACUCUGCUCUAAACUUGGACCUUUCUCCACAUUGGUGUUUUAGAAUGUAUGUGCAUUCAGGUGACGUUUUUAGAUACCUAGCUCAGUGGUAUUUAUUUUAGAUUGAGAUUUGUUUGUAUACAUUUGAUUGGCCACUUUAGCACACCACUUGGGUUAAAUGUUGUUUGAAACCAUAAAUACAUUCUGAAAGCAUGUGGGAACGAGUCAAGAUAGAUAAUUUAGCCUUUCUCUAUAUAGAUACUUUCUAGGCAAAAAGAAAAAAACAAGAUUGGUAUGCAAAAAUCAAACUGAAAGUCUACAAAAUAUGCUGAAUCAAGAUUUAGUGACUAUUAAACUUUUAAAGACACUAGGCGUUGUCCAAAACCAUUGCAGAAUAUUUUCUAUAAGCUUAUUGCAUUUUGCAAUGUUUACAAAACAGAUAUUCUGGAAUUGUAUUCUGUUUGCCCUGGCCCACCGAUGUCACCCGCACUAAGAUGAGCAGUCACGUCUGCACCAUGGCACGAGCCUGGACUAAUCGCAGUUCGGCCAGUGCCCUGCUUUUCUUCUGACUCCCUCCUCCUCUUUCUCUCCUACAAGAAUGACAACAGACGAGUGGCGCUCUGAGUGGUGGUGAUCCACGGGGCAACAAUUCCAUCCUGCCAAGAGGCUUUUAAUCAAACAAGGCCGAGACCAUUCUGCUGACCCGUGCUACCGGUGUCCGACGGGCACGAUGGGCUGAAUGGAAGCCUUGGCUCAUUAGAACGGUCUGUCACAGCUCUGUUUGCAGGAUAGCACGUGGUUCUCUGCAGAUUUGGUGAGUCAUGGGUGAUGUUCAUAUGGCAGUGCACGACAGGGCCCUCAAGAUAAAGCUACAGCACUGAGUCAUCGGUGCUGACAUAAGGUAGAGGCAGAGCGUGGUCUCGCGUCAUUUUUACAGAUCUGUUCUGACAUGGGACAAACUGUUUGGAUCCCCUUUUUGGGAAACCAACAAUAUCCCAUGAUUAGCUGUCUUUGAAUGCAUGAGUGAUGUCAGAUGAACUUAACUAUGCAUAUCAAUUUCACCACAACUGUUCAAGGGUGAACAGGACAUUUCAAGUUUAUUAGGCCUUCAACUGAAACAGGCAUUUAGCCUAUCGAUGUUUUCUACAUUUAAAUUAAAAAUGCAAACAUUUCUGGAAACUUUGUUAUAAAAAUAUAAAUAUCAGUUGAGCUAUCCAUGACAAAUUACAACCAGGAGAUGGCUAAUAUUCUGAGCAAAUGUUCUUAGAUCCUUAUUAAAAGCCUGUUUUUCCCAGUAUUUGCCCAGAUGAACUCCUGCCAAAAAAGACUCAAAGGCCACCUUGGCGGCAAUCCAGUCCAUGUAGAAGAUGUGGGCUCAUGUCCUGAUCGAGGUUUCUGGCUCAGGCAGAAGUGCGCAGCAAUGCCUUUUAAAACACCUCAUUUAUCCUGUUGCCACAUUCACUCAAACUGUUCAUCUGUUCAUCGGUUCUUUGUAAUUUACCCAGUCCAUGACAUCACUUCCCUUUUAUAUUCCUGAGGAACCCACUGUGCGUGGUGCAUUAAGGUCGGACAACCACAGCACUCAAGUGCAGCACUACGUGUGCAAUGUGUAAAGUAACUCGCGAUGGAGAUGAGAUGGAGACUCUAAUGAUGUUUCGCCCCCAGCCUUGUCAAGGCUUUACAAUACUGCAUGGCAUGCGUGUGUAUAUGAACACAUAGUACAUGCAUCCUAAGCGUGAUGUGCGCUUCUGAAAGAACAUGAUCAAGGCUGCAUGCUCACGUGUUUUAGUUAAUUCCAUGCCAAACUCUUCAAGAGACGAAGACUGAGUGGAGCCUUGCUUACAGUCAUUUGUGAAGGGCAUAUUGGCAGGUGUUGCAAUCAAUUAGGUGAUUCACUUUUUUUUCUGUGUGUGUGUGCAUGCAUACAUGGAGGGGCUGGGCAGUAUGGACCCACAAUCUUCACUUGGAAUCUUAACUACAUUUCAUCUGUACAUUAUCCCUUUUUGGCGAUGAUUAUAUUCUCAUAUCACCUUUUAUUUAUUUAUUUAUUUGCCUGAAAUGUAUGAUGAAACGUUGAUUGCAUUCUUACAUCCAGACAAUGUUGCCAGUAUCCAUUCACUCUUAACCACACCUGAUUGACUCUCAGACAGGAUGUAGAUACACACUGAACAUUCAGUGACAACAUCUGUAACAUAUGGUAGAAUCAGUUUCAGCCAUUAAUUGUGCAUGUAACUAUAGCAACAGCUUUAGUGAACUGCUCCGUUUUCUUAUCUUGCUGUUCCUGUACCUAAGCUGAGAUGUCGUGAUUUGUUAAGGUUUGGGAACUGGCAGUCUCACAGCAUCUCACAGAUAUUGUUUGUUUUUAUGCUUUGAUAUUUUUUUUAAAUGCCUAUAUGGUUUUGUUCUGAAAUCAUUUGUUGUUUUGGUUUUUUUUUACUAUCUUUUAUUUUAAUAAUUAUUUUCACUGAUAUGUUUUUUUUUUCUCUCCAAAUGAACUAUAUUGUACAUGAUUGUUGUCAUAACGGUGAAUUGUGAAAUGCUUUGUAUCAGAUUGCCUUAACCGAAAAUUAAUAAAGAUGACAAAUU